AUGGAGCCCAUCAAGUCCUCUUCGGCCGGCUUGUCCCUCUUCUCUCUUCGAGGCCGAACCGCUAUUGUCUCUGGUGUAGCUGCCACAGGAAUAGGCUAUGCAAUUGCCGAGAUCCUCGCUGAAGCUGGCGCUAAUGUAGCCAUACUAUACAAUCGAAAUGAAUCAGCAACAACGGCUGCAGAGACAAUUGCCAAGGCUUAUGGGGUUCAAUGCAGCGCAUAUAAAGUUGAUGUCACUCAAGAGAUAGAUGUGCAAUCAGUCGUGAAUCAGAUAGUGCACGAUUUCAACGGACGCCUUGAUAUCUUCGUCGCAAAUAGUGGAAUAGCAUGGGGGGAAGUCGAAGCCCUAGAUAGCACCAUCAAGCAUUACCAUGAGGUUAUGAGCACGAAUCUAGAUUCCGUGUACUAUUGUGCUCGGGCAGCUGGACAGCAUUUCCGGCGUCAGUUUCAGGAACGAACGACUACGGAUGGUGCAGAGCUCGUGGGCUUCAAGUCCGGUACUUUCGUGGCUACAGCAAGUAUGAGUGGACAUAUUGUAAAUGUGCCACAUCUUCAAGCUGCGUACAACACGUCCAAAGCGGGUGUUAUCCAUCUAUGUAAAUCCCUCGCUGUCGAAUGGGCCGCGUUUGCACGUGUGAAUACUGUUUCGCCGGGAUACAUUGACAGUGGUUUGACGGGCGAAUGCAGCACCGAAGUCAAAUCUUCUUUGGGAGAAAAGGCGCCAAUGCGACGUAUCGGUAGUCCAGAUGAGUUGAAAGGCGCUUAUUUGUACCUUGCGUCAGAUGCAUCUAGUUUUACAACUGGGGCGGAUAUUCUCGUCGACGGAGGGUACUGUCUACUCUGA